AGCCAACACAGCCGUGAAGCGACCAGGAGUCUAUAGCUCUGCUUAUACUAGGACAAAGCAAGCAGACGAUAUUAUUUCGUGCCCCGACCAUACAAAAAUUCUAAAUGGCAAUUCAGAAAGUUUUUAUGAAAUCGAGUGCAUACCUUACGUGCCUAAGUCAUGCGUUAUCGACUGAAACAGAAGAAAUUAUGGGAUUAUUAUUGGGUUAUGUGGAACCUAAUUUAAAUUUUUCAAGUUCAAUGGCAGAUGUGGUUGGGCUAUCAUUUAUUGAAAGUGUCGUCAUCCUCCAAAGAAGUGUCCGUCAGGCUGAUCGAGUGGAAAUAUCACCUUUACAAUUAUCUGCAGCUACCCUGAAAGCAGAAAAACUAUCAGUUAAAGUGAGUAAACCAAUAAGAGUACUAGGAUGGUAUCAUUCACAUCCCCAUAUUACAGUUCAGCCAUCACAUGUUGACAUACAUACACAAGCCAACUACCAAGCUAUGGAUCCAGAUUUCAUUGGGUUGAUUUUUUCAGUUUUCCAACAAGAGGCUAAUGAAAAGUUUGCUAAUUCUUCAAUGAUCUGUUUCCAAGCUGUAGAUGUUGAUGGUAUAUUGAGCAGCAGAGAGAUUGCAGUUAACAUUGUUCCACAAAAUGUUCCUGUGAUUAUUGGACAUUGCCUCAAAGCAUUAACUAAAAUACCACUAACCUUAUUCAAUGAGGAGAAAGAGCUAAAAGAAAAAUGCUAUAGUGGUGACUCAAUUUCUAAAAUACACAAUACAUCAGUUUUCACACGAGCCAUGUGCCAGCUUAUUGAGUGUUGUGAAUUGCCUUGCAUCAGCGCCGUUACUGCCUAUGAGAAAUCUUUAUUCAAUCAAUUGCAUCGUUUGCAAUUAGCAAAGGAAAUUCUUGAAACGCAAUAAUAAUUAUGUGUAAGGAAUAAAGUGAAACUCACGUGAAACGUGAUAUGGUUUACUCAAUAAAAUAAAUGAAAGAAA